GAAAUUAAGAAUACGGCACCAAAACAAGAACAUGGUGCCAAUAAGUGAACUAGCAAAGUACACAUCAUUCAUGCAUGGACGAAAAAGUGACAUACUGAGGGUACUAGCUAUGCCUUCCAAGCUAGCUGUUGGCAAGUAUAAGGAAAAACCCAGAUUACUCAUUCAUCAUUUGACUUGGUACUCAUACCACUCCCUCUUCCUGCAUGAUCAUAUCAUGGUGGUCCGACAGGUCCGCAGCAUCUACCACUAUCGCAAGGGUUGCUGCUCCAACUACCGCAUCUUUUUUCACCCUUUCACUCAAAAGCACAAGAAAAUUAAGAAUACGGCACCAAAACAAGAAGAUGGUGCCAAUAAGUAA